AUGCCAUACACUGCGCCGUUGAAGACGUCGCCUUCCGCGCAAGACAUUGAACGCCCCGAACUCACCCCACAAUCCUGCCCCAGCUCUCCUACCGCUGUCGUGCCUCAUAAUCCACGACAACACCUACCUCGUUCUUACUCUUCAACCUCCUAUGUACGAAGGCACCGGAGGAGCCCGUCCAAUAGCAAGGUGUUUGUCUUCCCAGGCCCGGACGGUCCUUCCAAGGUGGAUCAUGACAUCGACCCCCAUGCCAGUAUUCGGAAGUCGCCACCUCCCCUAAGUGAUGCUGUUAUCCCUCCUGGGGCUCUCAUUUCCCCUCCCGAGUCAGCGCCGAACUCUAGUGAUGACGAGUUGCCAUACUCACCCCAGGACGGGCUCCAGCUGGAGAAACUGGAGGCAGCUGUGAGGUCCAUUGAGCAGAGGCGAGUAUCCUCCCCGGAGAGAAAGUCACCGGAGCUCCAGCCGUCGUCGAGCAUGACGGCCAUGGCUGGUGGCCCGGUUCAACCUCCACGAUUGCCCCUCUCCCGAGAAGCUCGCAAGAUAUCUCACUCUCGAUCGGCCACAGAGACCUCAAUUGACCGCAAACAAGAUGAGGCCUUGACCAGCUCGCCGGAAGAGAGUGAUCGAGAUGACGAGCCCCUGGUACGACAUCCCAUGGUACGCAAGAAGUCAGGGGAGCUUGUGAGACCGGCUCUUCGUCCCCCAUCGGCUCGACGCCGUCCAUCGAGCAUGCCUGGGACUCCGACUUACUCCAAGGCGGUUCAUUUUGAUGCUCAGCUGGAACAUAUUCGUCAUUUCCUACAGCUCGACAAACCUCAAGCCGUGAGUGCAGACACAUCACCUGUCGAGGAUUAUGGUGCAGCCGAGGAGUUCCCGUUCCGGAGGGGUCAUCGGGACGAACCUUCUUUUGAAUGGGAGCUUCGUCUGUCGAACUUCCCCAAAGACAUCGCCGCUCGAGCUAAGCAGCGUGUCCGACUGGAGCGCUUGUACCUGUCUACUGAUAAGAAUACCAUGAUUGGGGUUGUCGGAGUCGCAAAUCUGGCCUUCCACAAGCAUGUUGCGGCCCGGUUUACCCUCGAUCACUGGAAGACUGUUUCUGAGGUCUCGGCAGAGUACAAUGACGAUGCCCGCCGGAAGCAUGCCCAAGAUGCUUAUGACCGGUUUACCUUUAAUAUCAGACUCGAUGAUCAGACAAACUUGGAAAAGAAAACCAUGUUUGUCUGCAUCCGCUACAACGUGGCUGGAGAGGAGUUCUGGGACAACAACAACUCACAGAACUAUCAAAUCAACUUCCACAAGAUUUCAAAAGGGAAGCCGGAGGCCCGGUCCCCAUCCUCGCCGCAGCCUCGUCCUGCCCUGCCUCGGAGCCGAAGCUUUGCUGGUUCUAACAGCCGUCCGCACUCGAUGCCUCCUUCCUUCGAUGCCUUGGCUGAAAUGGACAAGUAUAUUUCGUUUGGCAGUCCCCCAGCGGGUGGCAAGGAGAAGCCCCUGGCUGGUGAUGAUGAUGAUCCGCAUGACGUUGAGACAGUUGCUCCGAUCCGCCGCGAUAAGCAAAACCACCAGGCCUUUGGCAAUCGCUACGAUUUCGAAGCCUCGUUGUCUGCCGCCAUGCGAACCAAACCCACUCAUGAUCGCACUACGCUGACAGCUCGAGCCAAGUCUAAAGCUCCGUCCCAUGGGGGUCCCGUCCAGGCGCCGGAAAAGAAGAUGAUUCCACGGGAGGAGAACGCGCCUUUGAGCAAAAAUAACCCACCAACAGGUCCUUCGGACCAGCACAAGCCCUCUACUCUUAUCUCUGGCAAGCCACAUCGCGAGUCCUCCAUAUACAAAGAGUUGGUUGACAAAUACUGUUUCUUCGGGUCUGGACCAAAUUUCCCAGACGAUGCUGAUGGUCCUGCCACAGCAUGCGGCAAAGGAGGCAAAGGUCUUGGCAAGGGUGGCGCCAAGCGUCACCGCAAGAUCUUGCGUGACAACAUCCAGGGUAUCACCAAGCCUGCUAUCCGCCGUCUCGCUCGUCGUGGUGGUGUCAAGCGUAUCUCUGCCAUGAUCUACGAAGAGACCCGUGGUGUCCUCAAGUCUUUCCUCGAAUCCGUCAUCCGUGAUGCCGUCACCUACACCGAGCACGCCAAGCGCAAGACCGUCACCUCCCUGGACGUUGUCUACGCCCUUAAGCGCCAAGGCCGCACCCUGUACGGUUUCGGUGGUUAA